UCCUGCACUGGACUCUGCGCCCGCCCGCCCUGGGUGCCCGGGCCCGCCUCCGGGGCUUUGUGACAUCACAGCUCUUGUGAGAGUGGUUGCCUUGGCAUUUUAAACGCAGUUCAGGAUUAGAAGACUUGAGAACUCAGUCUGCAGACUGAGACUUCGGAGCGAGCCGAGUGUGCGCGCGGCUGGCGAGAAUCUCCUCAGCUAAGGCCAAGCUUUGCUCACUGGUUGGUCCUCAGCCAUGGUGUCCAAGGCGCAUUCCUCUGCGCUCCCUCUGAAAGUGGUCGAGGACAAAAGCACCCUGGAGUUCGUGAACAACAGCUCCUCUUCCUUCAUUGAAGAUAAAAAGAAAUCUUCAAAGAAAAGCAAAGGGAAUGUGACUAUAGCUGACCCCUCAAGUAACCCUUUCCACAUGUCAGGGGAUGUGGAUUUCUUCUUGUUCAGAGAGCAGGAGCGGAAUAAAGCCAUUGCAGAACGUGAACGAAAGAAGAUGCUGAGGGUGCACCAGAAGAUGACGUACGCAUCCAAGGUGUCCGCCAAGCACACUAGCCUGCGCCGGGAGCUUCAGCUAGAAGAGGAGCUAGAGGACCAGGAGCUGAUGGCUGAGGCCCGGCAGCUGCACACCUUUCGCAACAACACUGCCUGGAAGCUGGCCAUGACCCAAGAUAGGAAUAUGGAGCCUGGAACAUUGAAUGACUAUAUGGAACAGAAGCGAAACAUGUUCCUCCUCCAGUAUGCCGUGGCAAUGAAGCGAAAUGAAAUCCAGCGGCUAGAAAUGCUGGCCACCCGGGAGGAGAGGAGGCUGGAGAGAGCUGAGAAGUUCCUGGAGAAGGAUGCAAACUUGUUUGACGAGUUCCUCAGGGAGAAUGACCGCAGCUCAGUGCAGGCCAUGAGACUGGCUGAGAAAGAGACCAAGAUCAAGGUGGAGAAGAUCAUUGAGAUCCGGGAACUCACGGCCCAGAUCAUGGCCAUCAAAAGUGAAAUCUCCAAAUUUGAAGAUACUUUGCAGCAUUACAAGAUCUACAAGGAUUUUCUGUACAAGCUGUCACCCAAGGAGUGGUUAGAAGAGCAGGAGAUGAAGCGCCAAGCUCUUAGAAAGGCCAAGGAGCCUGGGGAGUUCACUAAGGACAGCAGCAUGACCACCUUAUCAGGGGAAAAAGGGUCUAGCAAGAGCAAGAUAGCCUUGCUGUGGAAAGAGGUUCAGAGCUUGAAGAAAUCCCCAAAGCUUACAAGGUCUGGGCAUGCCCCAUCCAGCACUCAGAGCCUCCCGCAGGUUGGCCAGCUCAGCCAACGCAGCCAACCCAGCCUGUACAGUGAGCUGGACUCCAGACUGUCAAGCCCUACUGUGCCAUCACGAGACGACACUGACAGCGAUGGGGAGGAGAUGGCACUGUACUUCACUGAGCCCCAACAGCUCUUGGAUGUCUUCACACAGUUAGAGGAACAGAAUCUGUCCCUGAUUCAGAACACGCAGGAGAUGGAGGAGGCCCUGGAUGAUCUGAACGUCACUCUGAAAAACACCCAGAUCCGCAUGGACAGGGAGGUCAACCUGCUGAAGCAGUGGAUCACCACCAUGAUGAUAUCAAUCUCCAAGGAGGAGGAGUCAGCAGCAGAGCUGCAGCUCAAAGUCCGUGUUUUCCACUUCGGGGAGUAUAAGGGUGACCAGCAGGACAAGUUGCUGGAGAGCCUGAACCACAAGGUGCUGGAUGUGUAUCGGAAGUGUGUGGGCAUGCAGCAGGAGGCCAACCUGGGCACAGUGCAGAUGCUGACUGUGGUGGAGCACCAGCUGGAUGAGCUGCUAGAGAAUCUGGAGAGAGUGCCCCAGGUUAAGAUUGAGCAGGCUGAGAAGGUCAAGGAGAGGGAGCGGCGCAUGAGGCUUCGUGAAGAGAAGGCCAGGAUGCAGAAGGAGCUGCAGGAGGAGCGGUUGCAGCGGGCUCGAGCCAGGGCCCAAGCUGAAAUAAAAAAGAAGAGAGGCAGGAGAUUGGUAAGCCGCUCCCAUCCACCAGUCAUCAAAAUAAAGGAGGAGUCUGAGCACAUGAUAAUGGACAAGGACAAGGAGGAGUUGCUCUUCUUCUUCACUUAGCAGCAGAGCUGGCUGAGGGCUCAGGAAGAGGUCAGUAGUUAGUGAAGGCAGGGACUGCGAGCCUGAGGGACUAACUCCACCUCAUGCUCUCCUGCCAGCCUCCUUACUCACAGGAAAUAAAGCCAUGUCUCUCAGGAGUCUGAGUGACCUGUUGAAGGAA